UCGACUGACCGUUGCUUUGAUUUUAUAGAACCGUUGAGUUGAAAGUGCUUGAAAAUUGAAAUAUUUAAUACGAAUAAGUUAUAUUUUGAGUAGAAUUUAUACAGUGAAUAGUGCAAAAAUGAAAUCAGCGAAAUCGAAACAAAGACUUAACGAUAUGCGGACACCGGGUAGGAGUAAACAAAAUUUGUUUCAAGGUGAGAGAGACCCCGUGGAGGUUUAUUGCCGUCUGCGACCCAUGCCAAGAGAUACAGAUAUUUCUUGUAUUAAAAUAUUGUCACCCACCACGAUCCUACUCACGCCUCCUUCAACAGCUGUAAGUUACAGAAAUGAAGGCGCCAAAACAAUGAAAUAUACUUUCAAAGAGGUGUUCCCGCCGGAUACAAACCAACAAGAUGUCUUCGACAAAGUCGCUCUUCCCUUGGUCGAAGGACUGGUAAAAGGAAAAAAUGGCCUACUCUUUACCUACGGAGUGACCGGAAGUGGGAAAACCUUUACAAUGACGGGCGAGCCGCAUAAUUGCGGUGUUUUACCACGGUGUCUCAACAUUUUGUUUAAAACCAUAAACGAAUUGCAAGCCCACAAAUACGUGUUCAAACCAGACAAAAUGAACAUGUUCGAUGUUCAGUCUGAGGCCGAAGCUAUGUUGGAGAGGCAGCAAGAACUGCACAAAUUCCGAAGUAACAAAAAAAAUAAUUCGAAUCCCAAUCUAGCGAUGUCUGAGGCCGAGGUAACUAAAAUUGACGGAAUUAAUGAAGAUAACCAGUAUGCUGUGUUUGUAACUUACAUAGAAAUUUAUAACAACAGUGUUUUUGAUCUGCUGGAAGAUGGCCCCCCUAUAACUAAAAACUUACCAGUCAAACUGAUAAGAGAGGAUGCUGCAAAUAAAAUGUAUGUGCACGGAGUUACAGAGAUAGAGAUAAAAUCUGCAGAGGAAGCAUUUGAUGCCUUCUAUUUGGGUUUAAAAAGAAAAAGAAUGGCUCAUACAACUCUCAAUGCAGAAUCCAGUAGAAGCCAUUCCGUUUUCACAAUCAGAUUAGUACAGGCUCCAGUGGAUGAGAUGGGAGAAGCUGUGAUACAGAAUAAAGAGUUUUUAGCCAUAAGUCAGCUCAGUCUUGUUGAUUUAGCUGGAAGCGAAAGAACAAAUAGGACAAAAAAUACUGGUCAACGUUUACGAGAAGCUGGAAACAUUAAUAAGUCAUUGAUGACGUUAAGAUCUUGCAUGGAAAUUCUACGUGAAAACCAAAUCAACAGUACAAAGAAUAUGGUGCCAUAUAGGGAGUCUAAAAUCACACAUUUGUUUAAAAAUUACUUUGAAGGCCACGGCCAAGUCCGUAUGAUUGUCUGUGCAAAUCCAAGAGCAGAGGAUUAUGAUGAGACAAUUCAAGUCAUGAGAUUUGCUGAGAUGGCCGCCGAAGUGGAGGUAGCAAAAUCGCAAAUUAAUAAUGCAGCUUCCACUUUAGGCUUGAUGGUAGGUCGUCGUAAAGCAAAUAGACUAUUUACAACUGCUAGAGAGAACAUUAAUAGGCCUGAAGCUAAAGACCUAGAAAUGGACUUAGGGCUUGUGUAUAGUCUUGGCCCAGACUUCCCUAGCCUAGAAUUAAAAAGUUCUCAGGCAUCUCACAUAAUCAAAGAAUUAAUAGCCCAUUUGGAAAUGCGGAUCAGUCGUAGAGAAACACUUAAAAGAAGCAAAGCAUUAAAGGAUGAGAAGCUCAGGUCUAUGCUAUUGGACAUAGAAAAGGAAUCCAUGGAUGUUAAAAGUGAGAAUGUCUCAUUGCGUGGUCAGUUAGCUGCAGCCAAUCGACGCAAUAAAGCAUUAGAAGAACGGGUAACAUCUGCAGAAAAUACAUCUCUUUCCUACCAAAGAAAGCUGUCUGAAAUGACAGAAUACACAACUGCACUUAAACGGGAUUUGCAAGAAAAAGAAUUGCUUCUCAGCCAAAACAAAUUAGACAAAGAGAAACAGAAGAAAAUUCUGGAACGGAAAUAUCACCACAAAAUUGCUGCAGAACAUGAAAAGGCUAAAGAGAUACACUCAGAAAAGCAACAACUACGAAAUGAGGUUGAAGAAAAGGAGAAUAGGCUUAGAAUAAUUGCACAGGCUUUGAAUGGAGGCAGAGGUGAUAAUAUUGGAGAUAUUAAGAGGAGUACUGCUGAAAUUGCAGCUCAGACUAGCAUACGUGAUUUUACACCUGGCUCUACACCAAGAGCGUUGCCUGCUCAUCUUUUAACUCCAUUUACUUCAGCACCACAAACUAGAGAAUCUCGUGGUACUCCAGCGACAUCGCGUCGCGGAGUAGCCGUAGCCAACCCUCGUCAUAAACGCUCCUUGUCUGCUGAUGGCAAAGGAUGGGUUGAGCAUGCACCUAGCAAAAUUGUCCCAAUGGGCACUGUCAUGAAACCAAACAUUACUAAUAGCAAAUUUGUGAACAAACUCACCAAUGUUAAAGACAUAGCGAACUCUAAAAAGUCGAAAUACUGUUUAAUAUCCCAAGAACAGGAUACAGAUGGUGAAUUGGAAACCAAAUUGUACAAAGGGGAUAUUGUUCCAACUUGUGGUGGGGGUGCUCAAGUUAUUUUCAAUGAUGUAGAGAUGCUCAAACAAUUUUCGCCUACAAGAGAACAUGAUAAUUCCCGUAGGACAUCGGCAAACACUUGUGCAAGGCAUUCGGGGAAACGGCGUGAUACUGGCUGCUCUCCGCCACAUACACCUUCAAACACAAACGCCAAGACGCAAGAUGGAGGCUCUUCGCAAGAACUGAUAAUUUCUAGUAACAUACCAUACUUGUAUUCUUUCGCGUAAGUUUUUCCAACAUUCCCAUCUCAACAUGUCUUAUAAUAAUAAAUGAAUGGCCUCAUUUUGAUGUUAUUGUCAGUACUAGUAAAAUAUGAGUGUUUCUGUAUUGUGCCUUGUUAUUACGAAAUUUUGAUGCGAUGAAUAGGAUUGACUAAAGUAUUUCAAGUGUGGACAGGAUACCAUGAGUUAUCCUUCCAUUGUAGCUUGAAUAUGCUCUAAACAGUCACACUUAAUCCUGACCAAAACCGCUCUUAUAAGAGUGUAAAACAACUAAGAGAAAGGAGAUACCAUAGCCUUAGCCUAUAACAACAAUAAUUCAAAAUUCAAUAAUCAAACGUAUCGUAAUUCGUAAUGAUUUAAUUAUAUUUUUUUCCUUAUAAAACGAAAUUACAACUAAUAACAACAAUUGCUAUUUUUUGACAGCAAAAAGGGGACGAUUUGCCUUUUCUUGCUGCAAUGCACCGUUUAGAUAGAGUAUCAUAAAUUCAGUCAUUAUAAACAAUGCCAUAUAUCGCAAUAAUUAAAAGCUAGUUUAAUUAAUCGCAACUUCGCUUCAAGAUACCUGAUCCGAUGAGGAUUAUUGGCAUUGGCUAAUCGCCAUGAUUUAAGCCAAAAGCAACAAAAAACAUAUACUACGUUCAUAUAGCCAUAAUAACUAGUUCGGUACUCGAACCUCUUAAAUAAAACUUCUGACAAUCCUCCUAAUCAAAAAAUGUCUUAACCAAUUUAAAUUGAAAAGAUGUUAACAGCUUAAAUGCAGGAUGCCUAAAUCUCUCGACAUCCGUUCUGUGCGGCGAGUCGAAAACUGGCGAUAAUUGUGUUGAACGACUUGGUGAGAACUUGAAAGAAUAUUCUGUAGGGCUACCAUGAGUUAGGAAAUUUUAUCCCCCAUAUACUAUCAUCCUUACUAAAUAAAUGUAAGCUAAUACUUACUUGCUCAUUGAAUCACUCUCUCAGUAACUAUUGCAAUAAAUGGUUUUGUAAAUCUAGUGGAAACCCCAUAAAUUUACAGAAUAUAAGACGGUUCUAUCUAUUAUGAAAAUUAAGCUUAAUUUACAAAACUCCGCGAGAAACAGAAGCAUCGAUAUGGUGUAAUUCAUAAUUUCUUAAAUCUUUAAAACUUCGUUUAGUUGCGUUUAUUUAUUUAGGUAUAUUUCAUUUAUUAAUUUUUCAUUUCAUACCCAUACAUUCAUUCGAAACUUAGCUGUCCCUGGCGGAUUAUAAGAUAUCUUAUUAGUAGUAAGAUUUGAUCGCAUCAAAGAUUCGUAAAUGGAGGGUUGCUUACAGUAAAUUGGCAAAUGAAAAAAAAAA